CGUGAUGAAAGCGAGUUAAAUACAAGUUGAAAUUUAGUUCUACAUUUUCGCGCAUGCAUCACGUGAUCAUGAAUAUCCCGACAUAGCCUUUAAGAUAAGCGUCUGAGGUGAGGGUCAUGUUUCCAACCAGACAAUCCAUUACAAUCCAUUACAAUCCAUUACAAUCCACAUCAUGUCAUCUGAAGGCGCCUCUCAGGGUGAACAGAUUUUGGAAGCAGCCCGCCGUAACAACGUGGAGCUUCUUGAAGAACUUCGCGCUUCAAUCCAGGAACCGGCGGCUAUUGCCACGCUUAUCAACGAAUCCAGGGAUAUCAUGGGCAACACCGCGCUUCACCUAGCUGCCCAUAACGGAAAUUUCGAAGUUUUAGAUACGAUACUCGACCAGGAGGGUGUGGAGGUUGACCCGGUGAACAACUUGGACAAGGAGACGCCGUUGCAUUUGGCCGUCAAAUACAGCUUUGAGGAGCCAGAACACGGCACGUAUAUUAUCGAAACGUUGAUCGAUGCUGGGGCUGAUAGUAGGAUCAAGAACAAUGGUGGGAUGCAGCCGAUUGACUUGGUCAGAGGCGACAAUGAGGCCUUACGGGAUAUCUUAGAGAGUGCCGAGUAUGCCCAUGACGCUGGAAUCGCUCAGGAAGGGAUCGAGGAGGCUGGGUCAGGGUCUGAGUCUGAUGAUGAGUAGAUAGGGUGACUGACAUUUCCAUAGCAUUUUCGCAGCAAUUAUGUAAAAUAGAUAUCCAAGGCUACUGUGUAACUCCGGGAUGAUUAUGUGAAAUCCAGGUCCCAAAAGGCUUAUGUAGAUUAGUUAACAAUUGGGGUAGGCAGAUGGAGGUUUUAGCAAUGGAACACAUUGCCCCAGUGACACAAAAACUUUUACAGGCAAUUAUAUAGCGAUUGACAGAUAUAGGCUUAUCACGAUAAUUUGCGAUAGAUAUUAC